AGCUUUGAAUAACAUCUGCUUAAAAUUCCAAAAGACAAAAUAAAUAAAAAUAAAAAUGAAGGUGCAUCUUUUCAUCCUCAUUUUGAUAGUCUCAUGGUUGUCCAAGAAGAUUACUUCUCUUAGUCCUGAAUCUCGAGUACUCGGUCGUCGUGGUUUUCCCGAUAAUUUUGUUUUUGGUACUGCUGCAUCUGCUUUUCAGUACGAAGGUGCAACAAGUGAAGGCGGAAAAUCGCAAAGUAUAUGGGAUUACUUCAGCCACACUUUUCCAGAAAGAACAAAUAUGCAGAAUGGAGAUGUAGCGGUCGAUUUUUACCAUCGUUAUAAGGAUGACAUCAAGUUGAUGAAAGAGCUUAAUAUGGACGCUUUCAGAUUUUCAAUUUCGUGGGCCAGAUUGAUUCCCAGUGGGAAGGUAAAGGAUGGAGUAAACAAAGAAGGUGUACAAUUCUACAAUGCUCUCAUCGACGAGCUUAUUGCUAAUGGCAUUCAACCUUCGAUCUCCCUCUAUCAUUGGGAUCAUCCUCAAGCUCUCGAGGAUGAGUAUGGUGGUUUUCUAAGCCCUCAAAUAAUAGAAGAUUUUCGAGAUUUUUCAAGAGUUUGUUUUGAAGAAUUUGGAAACAGAGUUAAGAUGUGGACAACUAUAAACGAGCCUUACAUUAUAACUGUUGCGGGCUAUGAUACGGGCAACAAAGCAGUUGGACGUUGCUCGAAAUGGGUAAAUAGUCAGUGUCAAGCGGGUGAUUCGGCUACCGAGCCUUAUAUUGCAUCACAUCAUCUUCUUCUUGCUCAUGCCGCAGCUGUACAAGAGUUCCGGAAAUGUAACAAGACUUCACAAGAUGGUCAGAUUGGGAUAGUGUUAUCGCCCUUGUGGUUUGAGCCUUAUGACACUACUUCUCUUGAAGAUAACGAAGCUGUAAAGCGAGCUCUUGCCAUUGAACUAGAUUGGCAUUUAGAUCCAGUUAUCCACGGAGAUUAUCCAGAAACACUAAAGAAACAAGUGGGAAACAGAUUACCAUCUUUCACCGCAGAACAAUCCAGAAUUUUAAAAAAUUCAUCGGAUUUCAUUGGAGUAAACUAUUAUACCGCACGCUACAUUGCUCAUCUUCCUCACGUUGACCCUGCACGACCUAGAUUCAAGACUGAUCAACAGUUAGAAUGGAGAGUAACAAAUCACAGUAAUCACCAAAUAGGACCAGAGGAAGAUCGAGGCAUACUCCACUCAGUGCCAGAAGGUUUACGGAAAGUACUUAACUACAUCAAAGAUAAAUACAACAACCCUACAGUCUAUAUAAAAGAGAACGGGAUUAAUGACUACGACGACGGUACAAAAUCACGAGAGGAUAUUCUCAAGGAUACAUUUAGGAUAAAGUACCACGAGGACCAUCUCGAACAACUCCACAAAGCUAUAAUGGAGGAUGGAUGUGACGUCAGAGGAUAUUACGCAUGGUCUUUACUUGAUAAUUUUGAGUGGGAGCAUGGAUAUUCUACUAGGUUCGGUCUGUAUUAUGUUGACUAUGACAACAAUCUCGAGCGGUAUCCCAAAGAUUCCGUUAAUUGGUUCAAACAAUUUCUCAGUAGAGUUGGCAUAAAGAAUGGUCAAGAAAAAGAGGAAGAACAAGUAUGGGAUGUAUCACGUGAGAGGUCAAGUCAGGACAAGAAUAAUAAGACUCUUGACGAUCCAGAAGGUUUCGAGGCGUCCGUUAGCACGAUUAUAUAUCUCAUGACGAACACAUCGAGGAGAAGAGAAGAAGAGAGAGAUCGUUGCACUUUUGAUAUUCCUUAUACUCGGUUGGGUUUGUUGUUGGGUCUCGAUACUUCUUUUGGACCCUAGAAAAGCAUUUUGUGGAUUAAACCCAAAUCAGAUUUUUUUAAGUAUUCAGUGAAAAUUGCCUAUGUAGAAAGAAUUUGUUUUUUUUUCUUUUUUACUCAAAGAAAUUUGUUUUUUCUUUGGACCAAAGAAAGAAAAUUGUUUUUUUUAGCACGAAGAAAGAAAAUUGUUGAAUGGAAAUAACAAC